UUUAUGUAUCUUGUCAAAAUUUACAACGUCGCAUCAAAUCGAAGAAACUAGUCAAAAGAUAUUAUAAAUUUCCUAAAAUGCUUAGAGCAACAAUUUUAAGAGCGAAAAAAACCUUUACUGCAAAUACGUUAAGGGUUAAAAUAUGCUUAAAUAAGAGACAAUAUUCGUCAAAGCCUGAUCGAUGUGACGCCCAUAUGAAUGAGCUUCCAGUACCGUGUGGACCAUGGGAGCCGUGGUACAAAGACAUGCAAAGCUAUUAUAACAAGGUUCUGGUGAUUGGCGUUGCUUGGUUUGCUUUCUCAUUCGGCAUGAUGAUAUACACGGAAAGUUUGUACUUAAAUUUCUCGCCACCAGCCCAACCCGGUCCACCAAGCGACAUGGUUGAAGAAUGUGAGGAUAUUGAACCAUGAAUGAGAUAUUGGUUAUGUUAAAUAAAGACAAUUUUAAAGUA